AUAGACCACCUCCAAACAUGCGAAUAUCCAACCAAUAAAUCCUGCAAAGUUCACAGCUAUCAUGUCGAAAAAAUCCAAGAAAUCAUCUUUACCAGCUGCCGAACGCACCACUCUGAAGAUUUGUCAGAUAUUAGGCUAUAAAAUAGGAAAAAUAAUCGGAAAAGGAACAUACAGUAAAGUGUGCAUUGCCAGAAAUGAACAAGGUAAGAUACUGGCUUGCAAAAUAAUAACUAAAAGGUAUGCAGGAGAAGAAUUCAUCACCAAAUUUCUACCAAGGGAACUGAAAAUAAUAACAGCCAUCAAACACCCAAAUAUCGUGACUGUCCAUAAAAUCUUGGAGUUAAAACAUACCGUUUAUAUCUUCAUGGAUUACUGCAAAAUCGGCGAUAUGCUGGAACACAUCAGGGCUGAAGGUCCCCUUGCGGAAGAAAGGGCAAAGAAUAUCUUCAGGCAAGUAUCUGAAGCGUUGCAUCAUCUCCACAAUCUAGACAUAGCUCACAGGGACAUCAAGUGUGAAAAUAUCUUCCUUGUGAGCUACAAUCAAGUGAAGCUCGGCGAUUUCGGUUUCGCAAGACACUGCAGAAACAAAUCUGGCGAAUACGUACUUUCGGAUACUUUUUGUGGGUCUGCGGCUUACGCAGCUCCGGAGAUUCUUCAAGGGAUGUUUUACGAUCCCAAGAUGUACGACAUUUGGGCUUUGGGGUGUGUUCUGUUUGUUAUGAUUACAGCGACCAUGCCAUUUGACGAUUCGGAUAUCUUGGAAAUGGUGGAUGAGCAAGUCAACAGGUGCAUCUGCGAAAUAACCUAUAUUUGGACGGAGUGUUCGAGCAACUUGAAGAGACUGCAAAUUGGUCUUUUGGAGCCGAAUAUUCAUAUGAGGCUGACUACGAAUGAUAUUUUGAAGCAUCCUUGGUUCGAACAAGGACAUCAGUUGGUGAACGAAGUGCGUUCGAUAUCUAUUUCAGACACUUGUUGAAAUGCCCGUUCCUUUGAAAUUGUAGUACCCUAAUAUUUGAAUUAUAAUUGACUGUCC